AUGCAACUCACUUCAUCCGCGUUGACGAAGGAACCGGUUGCCUUUUCACGAUAUCGACUUCCAGGACUAGAUGUCUUGGAGAUUACUACCAGCGGUGACCAGGUCUCUAAGGAAGUAUGCCGGCACAAAGGGAGGGCAAUUGCUCGGAAGGAGCCGACUGAAAAGAAGUUGUGGAAUUGGAUCCACAUGUAUGAGCCUCGUCACCUUUGGAUCAAUUGUCCCAGCGGCAAGAAUACAAGGAAAUGGUGGUCUCCCAGGUUGCUUUCUGACCUUUAUCAUCAUCAACUACAUCAAGGACGGCAUCUGCAUAUUAGGGGAGACCAUGAUUUCUUUGUGGAGCCGAGUGCCGAGCUUCAGGAGAUUCAUGAGGGGAUGUUGUGUGCAUUCCAUUCGCUGCCGGAGCUUUCAGGCUGCCGGGUACCUCCUGGUAAUAACUUUCUCCAGCAGGUGUCCUAUGUCUACACCACAUCCCGAACCAUGUUUAAUGCGGUGGAUACCCGACAAGUUUCGGAGGAGAAUUCGCACCGAGGAAGCUCCAGCAACCACGUCACACCGACACCACGAAAGCACUGCCACAACAGCCGACUGGCAGCACUGGCAGCACAGGCACUCAUCAGUGACAAGGGGUUGCCUCUAUAUAUGCUAGAGCUGUUGGUAGGGGAGGACCUUAAGCGCAGCUCGCCUGAGAACCCUGAUUCGAAUCAAAGUGCUGGUAGUGCUAGAGCUGCGACUCAACAAGUGUUGAAGCGCCGACGGUUGUGGCAGAAAACUCCACCGCCGCCAGACUCCACGACUUCGUCCGAUGCAUCUUCUAGUGGACAGGAGGGCUGGGGUACCGGGGAUAUUCAGGUUGAUGGUGAGGAACAUUGGGUUAGCUUACCUAAGUACAAACAGAAUCGGAAAGGAACUCCAGCGAGGAUCAGUCUCACUGUGUUUGGGGCUCCGCCCAGCCACAUUCAUCAAGAUCUUGAUUUCGGCGAUGUCAUAGGCAUCGACGUGGCCUAUUGGACCAGCUCUGCCGGGAAGACAUACAUGUUUACCCAUGUUCUUGAUGAAGGCACGCUGUUUCAACAGGCCACUUCGGCAGGCCGAACUUCGCGCGAACAGUUUUCCGCACUCAUGGACAUGUGGCUCAAAUGGGCUGGCCCUAGUCAACUGUUGUAUUGUGACCCAGCGGGAGAGUACACGGGAGAGGAGUGGAGAGAGUUUAUGCAGAGAGAGGGCAUUUGCAAUCGGAUUUGCGCCGCAGAGUCUCACUGGCAAAUCGGCCGGACGGAACAGCAUGGCAAGCUACUCAAGAACAUGCUCUCUCGCAUGGUUCAAGGAGAGGUUCCCGAAAGUAGUCCUCCAAACGCGUCCGACCUGACUCCCAUCACGGACUUGCCUGUUGAAGUAGCUUUACCACCUGGGGAUGCCACCAUGGGUGUUCCAGAGCAACCUGAAAUGGAGGUCUCCCCAGUAGUCUCAGAGGUUCCGGAUGCUACGAUGGAGCCUCAUGACAUACCCGUUCCCGACGAUGAAGACGAUGACCUUCUUUUCGGGGAUGCCGAAAGUUUUCUGGUGCAUCCUACUGGAAGUCAGGCAUGGGAAUUGCAGGUCCAUGAAACGAGCGUUCCGUUUGAAAACCUUCCAACUCCUGAGCAAUCUUUGCAGUAUGUAUUGCUAGCCACCGCUGAGAAAAAGAAACGCGUGGAGGUUCGUUUGAAGGACCUCAGUCCCACAGAGCGGCAGCAGUUUGAAGGGGCUAAGAGUAAGGAGGUUGGUGCAUGGCUUGAUCAUAGGACGGUUCGUAGGGUUGCCGCAGGGACGCUUGAUGAUUCCCAGCUCAUGCGUUGCCGAUGGAUCCUCACGUGGAAGCCACCGGAAAAAGAAGGAGGGCCCAAGAGGGCCAAAGCUAGGCUGGUAGUUCUAGGGUUUGAGGAUCCCGGUUUAGCAGAGAUACCCAACGACGCUCCAACUUUAGGGAAGGAUGCACGCCAACUGUUGCUCCAAAAGGUGGCUUCCCAGCGAUGGACGUUGAUUAAUUUCGACAUUUCCACAGCGUUUCUGCAAGGAAAGGGAGAUGGUAGGAAAUUAGGGAUUAUUCCGCCUGAGGAACUGAAGCAGGCUUUGGGAAUGCGGAAGGGCGAACAGUGUCAGCUAGAUGGGGGUGCUUAUGGCAGGGUGGAUGCUCCUUUCCUCUGGUUUCAGACCCUGAAGCAGACGCUGGAGAGUCUAGGGUUUGUGCAGUGUCCGUUCGACGCCUGCACCUUCAGCCUCGUGUCGCGACAGGGUGAUGGAUCACCGAAGGUUCACGGCGUACUAGGGGUUCAUGUAGACGACGGUAUUGGUGGUGGUGACCAAUAUUUUUCAAAGGUGAUCCAACAGCUCAGAGAUAUCUACUCUUUUGGGUCUUACGAGGAGGGAGAUUUUACGUUCACCGGCAUUCGGUUUAAGCAGUGGGAUGAUGGGAGCAUUGAGAUGGACCAGGUGAGGUACGUUGAAAAGAUUGAACCCAUUCAGAUUUCCCGUAGUCGUCGACAAGACCCCACGGCCAAGCUCAAUCCCAGCGAAGUGCAUGAACUCCGCCGAAUUAACGGUAGCCUUCAGUAUGCUGCCGUUCAUACUCGUCCGGACUUAGCCGCCAAGGUAGGCUAUCUACAGUCUAGAAUUCCGAAGGCGGAGGUCAGGCACUUAAUCGAGGCCAAUCGAGUCUUGCAUGAAGCCAAAACGCAUCCCGUGUCCAUCAUGAUAGUUCCGAUUCCCGAGGAGCAUGUAACGUUCUGCACUUUUUCUGAUGCUUCUUUUGCUACUUCGAAGGAUAACAACUCGUAUCAGGGGACACUCGUGAUCAGUACGGAUUGGCGCAUGCUUCAGAAUGAACAAGCCGUGGUUGUUCCAGUUGCUUGGUCCAGUAAGAAGAUAGCUAGGGUGGUUCGGAGUACUCUCAGUGCAGAGGUAGUUGCCCUAUGUAACUCGAUAGAUCGCAUGUCCUGGCUCCGGUUACUGUGGGAGUGGAUGAAGGACCCAAGCAUUGAUCUGGCCAACCCGGAACUCGUUUUAGAGCGGGCUCCGAAGUCGUCCUUGGUCACGGACUGCAAGAGUGCAUACGAUAUUGGAGCGUCUGAAAGAGAACUGCGCUAUGCGCUGGGUGCACUCUAA